AUGAUUCGAUACGCACUACUGUUGGUUGCGUUCGCGUACGUCGGCAGAGCGAAUACGGUUUCGGCCGUCAAGGUCGCUGGCAUGAUUUAUGCCACCGGCAAACUACCAGCAGGCCCCACCGAAAUGAAAUUCGUCUCCUCCCAAGACUCUACCAAUCCGGACAGCAAACGGUUCCUUCGACAUGAAGCUGUAGUCACCAGAAAAGAUGACAUUGAUGUCAAUUCUACCGAAGAGCGAGCUAUUAUUGGCUCGGCUUUGAAGAACGGCGUGUUCAAAAUUCUUGCAUCGCGUGGCAUUCUCCCGCAGACGAUCUAUGCGAAAUUAGGCAUUCGUAGUGGCAAAGCUCCCGCGUUUGUUCACUGGAUUUCUAACAACUAUCAAAGAUAG